GUAACCGAAAAAUAUAUUAAAAACUAAUAAUUGAACGUUAUUGUUGUAUGUGCAAAUCUAAAACUAUUUAAUAAUAAUAUUAUAAUGGCUACUGAAAAGAUUCCAUUCAGCCGGCUUCCGACAAAUAUUUGUCCGUUUCAUUAUCAAAUAACAUUAAGACCAGAUCUCAAAAAUUUAGCAUUUGAGGGUACACAAUAUGUUGAAAUUGAGGUCAUUGAAUCAACAGAUACUAUUGUAUUGAAUUCAUUGGAUCUUGAUAUUAAAACAGUUUACUUCCAAAAUAAAAAUGGUAAAAAAUUAGGAGUUCAAAAAAUUGAUCAUUCUAUUGAAAAUGAGACAGCAACUUUAAAAUUUGGUGAAAAAUUACCAAUUGGAACUGCGUUUUGUGAAGUAAUUAAUAACAAGAUGAAAGGUUUUUACCGAAGCAAAUAUACUGGUUCAUCAGAAGACAAAUUACCAGCUGCUGUAACAUUUUUAUGUCCAACAUCAGCAAGACGAAUGUUUCCAUGUUGGGAUGAGCCCACAUUUAAAGCAGCAUUUAGUAUAAUUCUAGUAAUUGAUAAAAUAAAUAAUAAUAUCAUUGGCCUGAGUAAUAUGCCUGUUGAAACAGUGGAAAAAAAAUCAUCAACAGAAACAAUUAAAUUUAAAAAAUCAAAAAUAAUGUCAACAUAUUUAGUUGCUGUUAUUGUUGGUGAAUUUGAUUAUCUUGAAGAUAAAACAAUUGAUGGUACUGUUGUUCGUGUGUAUACACCAAAAAAUAAACAAGAACAAGGCCGUUUUGCACUGGAAGUUGCAACAAAAGUAUUACCAUAUUAUAACAAGUAUUUUGGAAUUUCUUAUCCAUUACCAAAAAUGGAUCUGAUUGCAAUUGCUGAUUUUUCAGCUGGUGCCAUGGAGAAUUGGGGUCUCGUUACUUACCGAGAAACUCGUCUUCUUGUCGACCCUGAAAAUACUUCAGCAGUAUCAAAACAAUCUAUUGCACUUGUUGUUGCUCAUGAACUUGCUCAUCAAUGGUUUGGAAAUUUAGUUACAAUGGAAUGGUGGACACAUCUGUGGUUGAAUGAAGGCUAUGCAUCAUUUGUUGAAUUCUUAUGUAUUGCACAUUUAUUUCCUGAAUGGGAUAUAUGGACACAAUUUGUAACAAACAGAUAUAUUAAAGCACUGGAACUUGAUGGUUUAAAAAAUAGUCAUGCAAUUGAAGUACCAGUUAGCCAUCCAUCUGAAAUUGAUGAAAUAUUCGAUGAUAUAUCAUAUAAUAAAGGCGCAUCAGUAAUACGUAUGUUGCAUUCAUAUAUUGGUGAUGAUGAUUUUCGUAAAGGUAUGAGUUUAUAUCUUGAACGUCAUAGUUAUGCUAAUGCUGAAACUGAAGAUUUAUGGGCAGCACUUGAAGAAGCGAGUAAUAAACCAAUACGUGCCGUUAUGUCAACAUGGACUAAAAAAAUGGGUUUUCCAGUAUUACGCAUUGAACAAAAACAAAAGGGUAAUGAUCGUAUAUUAUCAUUAUCACAAGAAAGAUUUUUGUCUGAUGGUAGUGUUGAUGAAGAUAAAAAUUUAUGGAUGAUACCAAUAAGUGUAUCAACAUCAAAAUCACCAAAAGAUAUAUCAUUGUCAACUGUUAUGAGUGAAAAAACAAAAGAAAUAAUUAUCAAUAAUGUUGAUGUUAAUGAUUGGAUUAAAGUUAAUCCAGGUACAAUUGGUUUUUACCGUACAAGUUAUAGUCCAGAAGCAUUAUCAUUAAUAAUGCCAGCAAUAAAAGAUAAAUCGUUGCCACCAUUGGAUAGACUAGGCUUACUUGAUGAUUUGUCAGCAAUGGUACAAGCUGGACAUGUAUCAACAGUUGAAGUAUUACGUUUAAUGCAAGCAUUUCAAUAUGAAGACAAUUAUACUGUUUGGUCGAGUAUUGUUAAUAAUUUAGGUAAUAUAAGUAUAUUAAUUGGACACUUGGACAUUGAUGAUAAUUUCAAAUCAUUUGGUAGAAGUUUAUUAAAAGAUAUAGCAACAAAACUUGGUUGGGAAGCAAAAAAAAAUGAAAGUCAUUUAGAUACAUUACUACGAUCAUUAGUAUUAGGAAGAAUGGCUGCAUUUAAAGACAAAGAUACAAUUGAAGAAUCUAAAAAACGUUUUAAACAACAUGUUAAUGGUGAAAAUUUAUUACCAGCUGAUUUAAGAUCAGCUGUUUAUCGUGCUGUACUUGCUGAUGGUGAUGAAAAAACUUUCAAUACUAUGCUUGAUCUUUAUCGUAAAUCAGAUUUACAUGAAGAAAAAGAUAGAAUAUUACGUUCACUUGGUUCAGUUGAUAACGAAGAUUUAUUAAAUAAAGUUAUGGAAUUUUCAAUGAGUGACGAAGUACGUGCACAAGAUACUGUAUUUGUAAUAAUGUCUGUUUCUAGUAAUAGUAAAGGACGUAUACUAGCAUGGGAAUUUUUCAAAAGAAAUUGGAAAAUAUUAUUAAACCGUUAUAAUGGAGUAUUUUUAUUAUCAAGAUUGGUUAAAUAUACAACUGAAAAUUUUGUAACUGAAGAUAAAGCUAAAGAAAUUAAAGAAUUUUUCAAAGAACAUCCAACACCUGGUACUGAAAGAGCAAUUCAACAAGCCGUUGAAAGUGUUCGAAUGCGUGCUGCUUGGCUUGCAAGAGAUCAAGCUGCUAUUGAAAAUUUCCUCAAAACAAGUGGAUAUUAAAAAAUGUUAAAAACGAAAAAAUAUAUAAGCAAAAAAUCCAAAACAGAAAGCAUAUAUUAUAUAUACAAUGAUAAUAAAUGAUUGAACUUUGUGUUCUCUGAUGCUCCUUGAAAUAUAAUCAGAUUAAAUUUUUUUAAAUUUAUAAAUUUGUUAUCAUAGUAUGAAAUGUUUAUUUGAGUGUUUAGCAAUUUUCAGAGAUUCUUGCGAAAUAAAAUGAUAAUAAUUAAUAAUAAAAUUAACCGAUAAUGUUUAUACACAACUUUGUAUAUUUCAUGAUUUUUCAAAUAUACAUACUUAAUGUUAUAUCAAUGUUUUAUGGUAUAUUGUUACACAUUUUAUGUAUUCAUUUUUUUUAUAUUUUAAACAGGGGUUAAAAGGGGGAUGAACGCUUAUAUCAGGGGAUUUUGAGGGUAGAUGUUUCAAGCAGAAUUUAAUAGACUACCAUGACGCAGUUAAUCUUUAUUUAUUUAUUUCUUCGUUGUUAUGGUUUCUAGUUUUAAUUUUAUGAGAUGUAUUUUCUCGAUUGUUAAUAUAAAUGUAUAUCUAUGUAUACAU